AUGGAGGAAGUAAAAGAAAUGGCAGCACAUUGCUCAGGUGAUAUGCUUGAAGACAAACUGAGUAUUUGUGCGAGCAAUGUUUCAGACUUCCCUCUUCUGACUGAUGAAAAGUUUGAUUUUGACAUUUCACUCUCUCCGGCAAGUGAAAAUGAAGAUGAAGUUUUUGUUGGACCUUUGGGACACAAAGAAAAAUGUAUUGCUGUAAAUAUCGAAGCAAAAGAAAGUGCUGAAAAAAAGAAUGCACCUGCUUUUGAUGAUAAAGUCCUGUGGAGCCCACUUACAGGAGAGAAAUUUGUAGAAAUUUUUAAAGAAGCUCAUUUGUUAGCACUCCAGAUAGAGACUGAAAGCAAGAAUGAACAGACUAAAAUAAGCCAGUCAGAAGAACAGGAAAACAAGAUUGUAGAAAAAUUUGCGGAGGACUCAAAGUUAAAAUUGAAAAUACUGACAAACCAAAAUAUAGAGAAAAGUCCCAGGGCUGCUAAAAGGGAGACAUACUGUGUGUGGGACAGCAAAGCAUGUCAGCUGCCACCUUGUUUUCAGAAGGAAUCAGAUAAACUUUUGUCAGAUGAUAAAACACAUGCUCUUCAUACUCCUCCAAACAGAAGCCCUAUUAAAAUUCUUGUAUCUCCUACGAAAACCAUCACUUCACCUCCGACACAAGAACAGAAAGCGAAAGGAAGUAAUAUGAAGGCAACAGGCAAACUGCCAAUGGCAAGACCUUCAUCUACUCUUGGAAAAAGCAAUUUGAGUAUUGAAAAGCCCAAACCAGGAAAACAUACUAGUAUUUCUACAAAAAAAGACUUGAACAGCAUAGGAUCAUCUGAAGAACUAAUUUCUGAUAAAUCUAGUGCUGCUUCAGAUGUCUUUGAUUCUUCGUUCAGUGGCAGUUCCUCAGUGCAAGACAAAAAAGCCCUUCCUGCACCAAGUAAGAUUGGCUUAAAGAAGACAAGACAUUUGAAACUUCCUGGUGUUGCCAGUGGUCUCACAAGAAUGACUACUUCUUCCUCUUCCUCAACAUCAUUUUCCAGCGUGAACUCAAGUCUGAAUUCAAGUUUACCCAUUUCUCCCAUAGGAAAAAAUGAGAAAUCAAGCUUGUCCUCCAGAGGUGGUGUGAGUGCCUCUAAGCUUUCAUCUGGUACAAACAGGCUGGCUCUUCACAGACCUACCAGAGUGCCAUCUCUGCAGGCUGCCGAUGCUGAUAAAUCUAGGAAGCAAGCAAGAUCAGCCAGUACUCCCAAAGUAUCUAGUGCUGUAAGCUUGACUAAAUCUUCAGCUGCUGCAACAUCUGAGGCCGUAGGCAGUGGGAUUCAGAGGCCGAGCUCUGUUCCCAGUCUGCAGCAGCUCUGUCAGCAGGAUAAAGAAGGAAGUGCAACAACAGGAAGCCUGUGUCCGAAACCCAAGGCCAGAGCUUUGUCUGUUCCGAGUCAAACUAAGGUCCCGGUGAAGACUGGGGAUACGCCAUCAAACAAAUUCACACCAAAAGCAACACAAUCUCUUGGAUUAACAUUUUCUGGCACACUUGGAAGUGCCAUAGCAGUCAGCACUCCUGUGAAAACCUCAGAAGAUGGGAUCUUUCAGAGACCUGUCUCCAUGACUCCUGCCAGCCUGAAACGGUCUGGCUUACCUACUCCUGUUCGUCGGAUCUCAGGAUUUCCAGCAGUGACUCCUAAAACUGUACCAAGAACAGCAUUAUCUCCACCUGGUGCAUUUGUUCACCCAAGUUCCACCUUUUCUACCAAAAAGACUCUUACGGCUGGUUCUAAACAGAAAAAAGAGAGUAAGAAACAGAUCUCUUCUUCAGAAGAUGAAAUAUCUCCUCCACCUGUGCUACCUCUUGCGCUUAACUUCUCACCAGAACAACCUGAUGCAGAAACAGUAAAUGAAUUAAAAAAGACUGAAGUACAAAAUCAGGUGGCUGAAGAGAAACAAACUGAG